GCUUUGAAAAACGGCGAAGUCAUUUCGUGCUUUUAAUAAUUACAACUGUUUUUAGAAAGUUCAAACAAUGACAACGAGAUAUGAUAGGGCUAUUACGGUAUUUUCACCGGAUGGGCAUUUGCUUCAGGUGGAAUACGCUCAGGAGGCUGUGAGGAAAGGUUCUACAGCGGUGGGUGUUCGUGGUAACGAUGUAGUUGUUUUAGGAGUUGAAAAGAAAUCUAUCGCGAAACUACAAGAAGAACGUACCGUUCGUAAGAUAUGUCUCCUAGACGAGCAUGUUGUAAUGGCAUUCGCAGGUUUGACUGCAGAUGCAAGAGUCUUAAUAAAUCGGGCUCAAGUCGAAUGUCAAAGUCAUAGAUUAACCGUAGAAGAUCCUGUUACCUUGGAAUACAUCACCAGGUAUAUUGCAGGUUUAAAACAAAAGUAUACUCAAAGUAAUGGUAGGAGACCCUUUGGAAUAUCAUGUCUCCUAGCUGGAUUUGAUUACGAUGGAGUUCCACACUUGUAUCAAACAGAGCCUUCAGGAAUUUAUUACGAAUGGAAGGCAAAUGCGACAGGUCGAAGUGCCAAAACUGUACACGAGUUUUUACAAAAAUAUUAUACAGUAGAGGAAGUAGCAACUGAAAAGGGUUCUAUAAAAUUAGCUAUUAGAGCUUUACUGGAAGUAGUACAGUCUGGACAAAAAAAUUUAGAAAUCGCCGUGAUGCGCCGCGGUCAACCUCUACAGAUGCUGGAUUCAGAUACCAUCGAAGAAUAUGUAACAGAAAUUGAGAAGGAGAAGGAAGCAGAAGCUGAGAAAAAGAAGCAGAAAAAGUGAUGUCUUUAUAUCGAAUUACACUUUUAUUAUUCAUUUAUUGAUGUUUCACAUAAAAUAAAUAUGCAACACAUAGGUAAAGAUAACGAAUAAAAUUUUCAGAUUUC